AUGACUUCCCGCCCUAUUUCAACCAAACGACUGCAUGUGCUCUACACCGCACCACUCCUACUAGGCUUGAUAUGCCUCGCCCUAAUCAUCGUUUCGCUUUGCGGGCUUGUCCCUUGGAGGCAGACGAGUGGAACCAUUAUGGUUAUCCAUCGCACCUCUCCCGACGCGCAAGACACUCAUACCGCGUCGUUUCAUUUCGGCUUGCUAGGUUCGUGCUAUCAAGCUGCUCGUGGGCACAUGCUCCAUUGCACCCCCGCCGCCUUUCCGCCCGACUACAAUACAACGAUCUUCCGAGGCGGCAAGGAGAUCAAUGUGGAACACCUUGAUAUCAUGAUGCCCGACCUGCCACCAGUCUUCUUCACUUGGUGGCUCAUUUCAAUCAUCGCGUUGGUCUGUCACGUGGUCGCAUGUCUCCCUAUCUUCGCCCCCAAAAAACUCGACCAGCAUAGGUUUCGAAUUCAAAAGCUUUUCGUAGCGACUCUAUGGAUCCUAGGCAUCGGUUGGACUCUUGGAUUUUCGGCAGUCCUGUCAUUGGCUUGCUUUGUCCAGGGCUUUGGAGAGGAGUACAACCUCUACUCGGGCAAAUUUGUGUACAAUCGAGCCUCGCCGGGAAACAUAUUCGUACUAUUGUCCAUCGCGAUGGUAGCUCAAAUCAUAAUCGGUCUUGCAAUCGUGGUUCAAAUUUCGAACGCGCCCAACAAAGAUUCAGCAGAAUUCUCGUCUUCCUGGGCAGAUCAUCUUCAAGUGACGGGGCCAUGA